UUAAAUAUUGAGGCGCGUAACAGUGUUAGUGUAAGUACGCAGGUCGGAGCGCGCAUUUCGGUCUUCGCUCUGUGCUUUGAAAUACUUCUUGAUUUCAACGUGCUAUGCCUUCUGAAAUUUUGGUUGGAGAGGGGGAAGGACAGGAUGAAGAACAAGGCGAAUGAUGUCUGAAUGGACCGAAGACAAGAGCGCGCUAUGGAGAUGACUGCUCGCCUCGCGCACUUGGACACUAAGGUGGAUGGCAGAAACUGUGAUGGACUUGUCAACCACAACGGGGAAACGAUGGAGAUAAGAGUACCGCUGACUCACACGGGGAAGAGACUCAGUCCGAUCGAAGGGGGAAAUCUUUACAGACUGCGCGACAGAAAGUUCCUUUUGGAGGACAAGAAGCGCCUCUGCGCGUGGGCACUGGGAACCGCGUUGUUAGGCAUUCUGCUGAUGGUAUUACAUGCUGAGCUGUGCCCAGUAGUGUAUCAACCAGAAUCCAUAUAUGCCAUCUCCAUAAAUGGUCUCAUCAGUUUCUCCACGGGGUGUUUGCUCAUUCUCAUCAUUGCCUUCCAUUAUAAAGACAUCAGACUUUUCAUCAUUGACCACAACCAGGUGGACUGGCGCAUUGCCAUGACCAGUAACCGGGUGCUUGGCAUCUCCCUGGAGCUCAUUGUCUGUGCUAUCCAUCCAGUGGCUAUCUACCUGAGGCCAGAUAUGGGGGACAGACUGGGCGGGAAGCCGGAGCACAAUUCCUCUACCCCCCUCUGCUUGUCCUCCAGUCACAAAGAAGUCGUGCUGGAUGUGGAGCUGCUGCUGUCGGCCCUCAUGUUCCUGAGACUGUAUCUCGUGCACAGAGCCGUCCUGUUACACAGCAAGGUGCUCCUCAGUGCCUCAUACAGGAGCAUCGGCUCCCUCAACAACAUCAACUUCACCUUCCGCUUUGUGCUCAAGGUGCUAAUGAACAAGUAUCCGGCCCGCACACUGCUGGUCUUCAUUAUGUUCUUCUGGCUCUCCGCAUCUUGGAUGCUGCGACUGUGUGAAAGGCAGCAGCAGGUAGAGACAGGUGGCAUGGACACAGCACUGUGGCUGAUAGCCAUCACCUUCCUCACAGUGGGAUAUGGAGAUGUGUCCCCUCACACCAGCUGUGGCAAGUUGGUGUGUCUCUUCACAGGUGUCAUGGGUGUGGCAUGUACUGCUAUGUUGGUAGCAGUCAUGACUAAGAAACUGGCGCUUAACAAAGGGGAGAAACAUGUGCAUUUCUUCAUGAUGGACAUUCAGAUCUCCAAGCGGAUCCGGCACGCAGCAGCCAAUGUGCUAAGAGAAUGUUGGCUACUGCAUCGCACCACCCAUACAAAGGACAACAGUGGAGAGCAUCAUCAUCACCAGAGAUGCCUGCUGGAGGCCAUCCGUGUAUUUCGUCACUUGCGAUUGAAGCAGAGGAAGUUAAGGGAUUAUGCCAGUGAGAUGGUGGAUCUCUCGAAGAUGCAGAUGAUCAUGUGCGAUCUGAGUGCAAACUGGAACAGCUCUUACCAUGAGCUUGAGCAGCGAAUCAUCUCCAUGGAGCAGAAGCUGGACGAGCUGGGACGCUCCUUUCAAAACACCUCUGAGCUGCUCACACAGGCACUAAAUCACCGCAGACUGGACCACAGGUAACCUGUGACAUCUCUUUUGAAGGCUAUGUAGUCUUCAUCUUCUAAUUUUUCUUCAAUCAAGCCUAUUGAACUGAUGGAGGAUCUUUAUGAUGAACAAAGGGAUUAAGAGCAGCAACAAACACAGCAGACAGUUUUAUUUUGAACAGACGUUCUGUCAUGUGUAUUUAUGAACGUUUCCUCAAUGCUAAAAACAUGAACUUGGGAAAAGGUUGUUUGGUUACUUUAAACUUUUGACUCCUGAUUUAGAGUUUCAGUUCAUGAUAGAUACCAAGACUAUGAGAUUCUGGUGUUACACAAAGGAACAAAUUUAGAUUUCUUCUAACACAAUCACACAGGCCUCAGUUUGAUUUAUAUCAGUGUGAAAGUCACAGAAGGAAUGUGAAACUUUAAAAAAUGAUCAUUCUUUCUAUUGUUCCUGUUUUUGCCUGAUACUGGGGAAGUUAGUCAUUAUCGAACUGAAGAAAACAUUUGAAGUUCAGAUGUUCAUCUCAGAAUUGGGAUGAAUCGUGCUGAGCAGCAUGAUAAUAACUUUAUGACUCCAAUUUGAUAGACUAUUUCCCAGUUACAUUUAAAUGUGCGUACAACCUGGUCACUACACAUUGAUGAAGGUCUCCGUAAAUUGCUGGCAACUUUUACAAAGGUAAGUCAAAGAGUAAGUCAUGUAGUUAGCUGUCAAGGGUAAGCCAGACUUCCUCACAGACUAUUGCCCUUGUACACUGAUAUUUUUAGAACGACCCUAAAUCAGGCUGAACCACCUGCACCCACAGCACCCCAAUAAAAAAAUCUGUGAAUGACUUGAAUUUCCAUCAGCCCUUUAACCUGACAGGGCAUCUGUUGAAUAACGGCAUGUGGUGGCUCUAAUAACACCAUGAAAAGGUUUUGCUUUGCGUAUUAUGGUCUUCAGAAUACUGGUGUAACGGAAAAAAUCUUUAUUGCUCAAGCCUGUAUUUAAGUUCUUUAAGACAGAGCCUAUCAUUCCUCUCUGGUAUCUCCUCCUGGUGGAUAAAAGUAUGUUGCAUGUUUGGCCAUCGUUCUGGUUAAGGCUGUGCUUGUCCUUUAUUGUUUGGGAUGAAUAAUUUUCAAGAGACUCAAUACCUUGAUGUGUAUGCAGUAUAAUGAUUAUAUGAGGGCAAUGUGAAUAAGAAAAGAGGUCAGGUCAUUAUUUGACCAAUCAUUAACUGUUGCUGCUUAUUCAGGAACUAAAAUAAACAGACAGGAGCAAACCAGAACAUUUUUAGCGCUUUAAGAAUCAAGAUAAGUUGAUCAGGAAUUCAGUUUUGCAUGUUGUAUUGUGAAAUAUACAUAAAAAUGCCAGGAGAAAAUGACAGAAAAACGUUUACAGCAUUAUUUUUGCACAUUUUGAUGAAGCCAUCUCAUCGGCUUUGUGUUUUCCCAACUAUAUGAUGAUGAGAAAGCUAUUAAAAAAAAGCAUAGAAACACAUCUCUGAGUAUUUAUGUAUGUUUUUUUUUUUAUUACAAAUGGGUUAGAGUGAAUCAUUGCCUUAUGACACAAAACCCUUAUAAAAAAUGAA